AUGUCAUCUCCCGUGGACAUUAUUCCUCACAAGUCUGAAGACCUUUUUCGCGAUACACAUUCUCAAGAGCCGACGAAUUUCGUCAUUUCGAAACUAAGUUCAAAUUGUCUUGGUGUGGAUUCAAAUGUCGCUUCCGAAUCAUCUGUGUCUAGUAAAGAUCCCGAAACAUGUCCGUCAUGUGUUCCUCAGCCCAUUCCACCAGACCUUCCUAUUUAUCGGUCAUAUGGCAUUCGAAGCGCAGUUGGGAUCAGUCUGCUGCUAAUUUCUGCUUAUGUUGGCUCGAUUUUCCUUCAUGGUCCAUUGCUCCCACUGUCUGUCCUGUCACCGACUGUAUUUCGUUACCUUGUUGACCUAUUUCUGACGUCUUGGUUAAUGUUUGCUGAGUUUGUGAUAUGUAAAAUCUUUGGUUGUCGUGUUCGUCAAUUCGGUGAUCGUGUCUUACCAUCGACAUCUUGUGAACCUCGCAGUUGUUUAUUUCUCCUCAAUCACCGGACUCAGUUGGACUGGUUUUUUGUAUGGGGUUUAGGCAAUCCUAUCCAGCGAAUGAAAAUAAUUUUGAAAGAUUCUCUUGCUAAAAUUCCUGGAGCUGGCUGGUCAAUGCAAUGUGGUAGCUUUAUAUUCUUGCGUCGGCGUAUUGCAACAGAUCAAGAACGAUUGCGGAAAACAAUAUCGUAUUUGCUUAAACUUCAGGAUAGCUGCCAGUUGCUCAUUUUUCCUGAAGGUACAAAUUUGACCAAGGGGUCAAUAGCCAGAAGUGACGCUUUCGCUGAGAAAAAUAAUUUACCAUAUCUUCGUUAUACGCUUCAUCCUAGAAGUACAGGAUUUCUACACUUGGUGAAACUGAUUGGUUUGGAUCAUUUAACUGAUAUUUACGACGUAACAGUAGCAUAUCCAGAUAUCCUGCCAUCACCUGAGAUUAAUCUACUAUACGGACAUGUUCCGCGUGAGGUUCAUUAUUAUGUUCGUCGCUUUCCUGUGAAGGAACUAUUACAUGAACAUGAAAGUCGUAAACUGGACGAUGAUACCAAUAACGCUCUAUCGAAAUGGUUGCAGGAUCGUUGGUUUGAAAAAGAAAAUCUUCUCAAAGCAUAUUAUGCUAAACCAAUUGGACAACGUUCAUUCGACAAUGAAAUCUCUCCGGACAGUCUUUUGUUCUGUGUGAAUACUUCAGAUAAUAAACUAACGUUCACGUAUUUAGGUAUGCUUAACACUGGUUUCUGGUUCCUUGGAAUGAUUGGAUUGGUUCAUCUCAUCUAUAGUUCCCUACCGGUUUUAAUUUAUUUUAUUUCAAUCCAACUAGUUUACAUUUAUUUCACCUAUUACGCCGACGGUGUCAAUAUAUGGGCUACGGGUUGGAUAAAUAACUCUAAAGACAAAGAGGACAACAGUGUUAUUACCAGUACCACUACUAACAUUAAUGAUAAUGGUUUCGCUCAUUCUGUGCAUUCUGAAGAUUUUGACCAGAAGAAGAAAGAAACGUGACACCAUGUGGUUGGUGGUAUGUAUUCAGUAUUCUUCGGACAUCAACACAACACUAUCCGGUCAUUAAGAAAACAAAUUCAUUCAGCGUCAUUUAAUUGUUUCUCUUGAUUGCCUUCAUUCAUAUUUGUUGUCGUAAUAAGUUUUUC